GAGGGAGAGAGAGCAUUAAGGACAGGUGUUGGAGGUGAUGCUUAAGACUCAGGUCCUUUUAUUUUCCGUUCCUUUGAAAAAAGCAAAAACGUUUUCAUAAAGAGACAAACAGAUUCUGGUUUGCUCCAAAGCCCGAGAAAGAAAGAGAUAGAGAAAGAGCGAAAAGAGAGACAAAGCAAGCCAAACACCAAGACCAAGAUCAAGCAUAUGUGUUUUAGAAGAGAAAGAGACUAUCUCUCUGUAUAUAUCUCUCUCUCUCUCUCACCACCCACACGAGCGGUUCUCGAUUUGCAUGAACCAGCAGAGACUUUCCUAGAAACAGAGAGAGAGAGAGAGAUAAAAAAUAAGAAAGAAAAAAGAAAAACAUUUUCUUUUUUAUAAUUAUUAUUAUUUUUUUGUUUUCAAAGUGAGAGAAAGAUCAGUCUCAAAAUAAGGACCCUGACCUCAUUUUUCCCUUUCUCUCAAACAGUGAGGUCUGAGAGAGAAAGGGAAUGAAUGAACCGUGUGUGGGGUUUUUUCUCUUUUUCUUAAUUUGCUUUCUUUUUCAGUGGUGAAAAAACCCAUUCUGUUUUCUGUUCCUCCACCCCUCCUUGUUUUUAAAAACGUUUAUUUGUUUCCUCUGCUUCUUCUCAACCCCACACCAUUUUUCUCUCAUUUUUUUCUUUUCUUUUCUUUUCUCUCCCUUUCUGUUCGGCCAAACAGCAUAUCAUUCUCUAGGUAAAAGGGUGAAGAACUUGGGGAAAAAAAUGCAGCUCAGCUUCUUGUUUUGCUUGUGGCAUUAUUGAACUUUGUCUGUUAGGGAAAGAUUCAUUUUUGAGCUUUUCUAAAGUUCUGUUUCUUUUCCAUCUAUUGGGUUUUAUUUAUUUAUUUAUUUUUAUUUUUGUUUUUAUUUUUUCUGGGGUUCCAAACACAAUGAGUUUUCAAUAUCUGAAGAGUGACAGUGAAGAUUUUAGUGGGUAUAAUCAUCAAAACAUGAACACUCUGCCACCACCAUGCCCAUCUCCCUCACAGCUCUCUCUCUCUAACACCACCUUUGGUGGGGUUAUGGGUCUACCAGAGGAAAAAGAUUCUAGGAGUUCUGAAAUGGGGUUUCGGAUUUUGAGCUCCCCAUCAAAGCAAAACAGGAAACCGUGGGGUUUUCAGACAUUGGAAAACAGGGGAGCGAAAAGAAACAAUAUUGGUGUAAAUGAUCAGGAGGAAGAGUUCUUGGAAGCUGAUAAAAAGGAGCUGUCUUUGAAACUUGCUGAAGAUCCAGAAGGAAAAAGCUCUGCUUCAGGGAAAGCUGCUGGGCAUACAAAGCUUUGUGCUAGAGGACAUUGGAGACCAGCUGAGGAUUCAAAGCUCAGAGAGCUUGUGGCCCAGUAUGGUCCUCAAAACUGGAACUUAAUAGCUGAGAAUCUUGAAGGCAGAUCAGGAAAAAGUUGCAGAUUGAGAUGGUUUAACCAGCUAGAUCCAAGGAUAAACAGAAGGGCUUUCAGUGAGGAAGAAGAGGAGAGGCUUUUAGUUGCUCACAGACUCUAUGGUAACAAAUGGGCCAUGAUUGCUAGGCUUUUCCCUGGUAGAACAGACAACGCUGUUAAGAACCAUUGGCAUGUGAUAAUGGCCAGAAAACACAGAGAACAGUCCAGUGUUUACAAGAGAAGGAAACCCCCCUGUUCUUCUUCUUCUAAUCCCCUGCCUAAAGGAUUUGACGUGGCUUUCCAAAACAAUGCUGGUAGUGAAUCAACAAUCUCAAGCACCAUUGAUGACCAAUCUGCUUCAACAUGCACUGAUCUUUCCCUUACUCCUUCAUUAAAUAGAGUCCCUCUUGGAUUUUUCACCAAGUUUCCAUAUGGAUCACAGAUGGGUUUAGGUGAUUUGGAUUUUGACAAAUUGAUUGGAGGAGGAAAUGGGUUAUACCAAACAGGACCUAUGGGAGGUGUAGCAAUGGUGGGUGUGGACCAAACUGGUCAAUCAGAUUCAAAUUCAGAAGUUUCUGCAGCUGAAUCAGUUGCAACCAAUAAGAGCAACAUCACAGCGUUUGGGGAAAAUGAGAACAAGAAGAAGGAGAAGAUCAGUAGUGUGGCCUUCAUUGACUUCCUGGGAGUAGGAGCUAAUUAAGAAGAAAAAAAAAGAAAUAGUGGCUUUUCCUUUAGCAAGGCACUCAAAGGUAGAAGUUGGAAAAAAAAAAAAAUAGAAGAGAGGAAGAUCAACCAUAAUUUAGAGCCAAAAAAAAAAGAAAAAAAGAAAAAAAGAAGAAAGUGAAGUCUGCAGAGAGGUCGAUUUCUACAGGCUUUGAUGUACAGUUUGAUCCAUAAAAGGGCGAAAAAAAAGUAAAGUAAAAUAGGUUUAAAAAAAAAAAGAAAAAAGAAAAGCAUAGAGGAGGGGAGAGAAAGAUUGAGUUUGAAAAUAAUAAUGGAAAAAUGUUUUUGGAGUUAUCCGGCUGCAGAAGCACUUUGUUAUUCUCUCCCUCCGUGAUGUUUAUGGCGUUUUGUAAAAGAGCAAAGCCAAAGUUGAUUGUAUGAGAUAGAUAGAGAGAGAGAGAGAGAGAGAGAGAGAGAGAGAGAGAGACCAUUACUGACUCAAUGAAAUGAAAGCUACUGCCCAUCUUUGAUGACUUUUCAAAAUACUGCAUGUCGUUGUAGGGUGUUUAUUUUGACCAUGUUUUGCAUAUGCCUCUCUCUUUCUUUCUCUCUCUCACUUUAUUUGUCUCUCUCAUAAUCAAUAUGCUUCUUUAAUUUUUGUGUGUGUUAGAGAUGGUGGAUUUUUUUGUUUUAGCCCAACUCUUCUACCAUUAAUUAAUGAGUUUGGGAUGUAUGGCAGCAUCUGAAGAAUAUCUAUAAAUAUAGGUACAAUGUCAUUUAGUUUA